AUGGUGGCAGCAUCAUGCUCUCGAGCUGCAUACAGCCUGACAGAUGUGACUCCAGCCAGGACAAUUUGGGUAUACCGUAAUGGUGAUGCCUUUUACUUGGGGAGGAAGUUUGUGAUCAACCAUCGAUACGUUCCCACCUUUGAAGCCUUUAUGAUCCAGCUCAAUGAAGGUGUGCCAACACCUUUUGGGGUAAGGAACGUGUACACACCCCGAGAAGGGCAUGCUGUUAAUGAACUGACUGACUUGCAGUCGGGAGGCAAAUAUGUGGCUGCCGGAAGGGAAAGGUUUAAGAAACUCAAUUACUUUGGUAUAGGAGCAAAAAAACCUCAAAGAAAGAAGAAGGAUGAGUUGAUCCGACCAGUAGUCCAUAGUAAUAUACAAGUACCUUCCAAAUGGCAGUCAAUGUAUAAUAAGCCACACAUUAUUAAUGUUUUCACAAAUGGAGAUAUGUUGUUAGCACCUAUAAAAAUUCUCAUACCCAGGUUUACUCUGACAAAUUGGGAUUGUGUCCUUCGAGUGAUAAAUGAAAAAGUACUUCUUCGCUCUGGAGGUAUUCAGAGGCUGUACACUUUGCAUGGCCAGCUUGUACAUGGACCAGAGGAGUUACAAGAUAAUCAGUUUUAUGUUGCAUGUAGUAAAGAAAAAUUUCAGUCUUUGCCCUACUGGCAGAAUCCUAAAGUUCCAGAACAUAUUCGGCGGAAUUUUGCUGACCGGACUCCAGAACCUCCAAUGUCCCCAAAGAGAAAAAGACUGGACACCCAUACCAGCCGUUCCAAGGCAUCUCCUCGCCUCCUCCCUGUUCAGUCUCCAGUAGAGCCGCCCAAAAAAGGAGAAGGGGAUCGACAUUCAGUUUUUUACGCAAGAUCCAAGAAGGCAAGUCCUGAAAGGGCUCCUAAAGAACUGUCAUCUGAUGAUGGGCAUAGUGUUUUUAAAGCUGUAAAAGACCGAAAAGAAACAGAAGGGGCUCAAGAAGUUCAAGAAGACAAAGGAGUGCAAGUAGAUCUACCUGUUGACAAGGCUCCAGCUGAGAUUGUUCAGGAAGAGGAUAUUUAUGCCAUUGCAGAGAAUGUAGAAGAACAGGCAGAGGACGAUGACGGCCACUAUGAAGAUGUGGAUAACCCGGCAAAAAAAGGCUCCUUCAAAAGAAUGUUAGGGCUCUUAUCCAAACCGUCAAAGAAGAAAGAUGAAGAAACGGAAUCCAAGAUUAUAAAAGCACGUGUUAGCAACAUUGGCAAGGAGGAGGAACUUAGUGAUCAACACGAGGGCUCUCCCAACAUGCAGCAAUUACAGCCGAUGCAGAAGGUGGCUAAAAAUGUUCAGGGCAUCAGCCAGAAUGGCAUGAGAGAAGAAAGGAAAAAACAAGAUGCAGUGAAGCGGAGAGACCGUUUGUUGAUUAAACAAAGGGAAUUUUUCGAUGAAAAUGAUUAUUACUGA